AUGAUGAUUCAUCACAAGCUCUGCGCCUUUGGCAACCUCUCCUUCUCUGACAGCCUGGUAAUUUUUAGAACUAAAACGUUUCUUUUUGGCAAAGAAUCAAACUUAUCUUGGACAGAACAUUUUACGUUUAAACAGUUUUUGUCUGAGUAACAGUCCUUUUUCUUCUGUUAUUUUUGAGACUGUCUCUCCUCGCCGACUCGGCCAUUGGGCCUAGCAUUUUCUAUUCUAUCUCGACCGUCGAAAGUCGAACCACCAACGGUAGUCAUUUCAAACACCGAAUACUUCGAAUUUGAUUACUCUCAACUCGUUCAGUUGGUUCCUCGGAGCCAUCCGAUCAAUACAGUUCAAAAGAAUUCAAAAAAAAAACUCAGUACAAAUCGCAAAAAAAAGUGACAUUGAGAUCCAAAUCGGUUCCAAAACUUUCAGGCAAACGGAUCCUUUCACGAAGGAACUCUAAACCCCAAUCGUCGCUUCAUACGGUUUCAUCCUCGGCGAAGUCUUCCUCCAGAAGCUUCUAAAGUUCUUUCUGGACUAUCAAAACAGUCAGUUCCCCUUUGACAACGAACAGCUUCCUUCAGGAAAUUACGCGUCUGAGGCCAGAGCAGUUCAACGAAUAAGCUUCCAAUUUGAGUCAGCUGCAACACAGUCAUCCCCGCUCUUCCCGAAGCUUCCGUCAGAUUCGUGGCUCUUGAAGUCAGCGCAAAUGCGGACAUCGUCCUCAUAUCUUAAACAAAUCACAUCUCUGAACUCGAUCUCUGAGUUGCACCGGCAUUCUUUUGUUUGCAAACACCAAACUACUAGUCAGUAAUCUCACUAACGAGCCAGAAAACUAAGAAAUUUCAACAGCCGAUUUUUUAAACAUCUUCGAGUACACAGCAAUCUAGGACGAGUUUUUCCCGUUCAAAGAAGAGACUCCCUCAGUUUUAUCGAUUGACCAUACGCUUGAACAAGACCCCGAAUUGGUUUGUGAUCUGUUAAAAGCCUACGUAUCCGAACAGGAAGCAAAAAGCUCAGAAAACUAAUCGAUGAUUCCAGCGAUGCCUUCUCGAACAUGCCUACUCGGCAGUACGCGAACUCGAAGAAGCAGUAUUCUCAACCUUCACAGAAGGACCAAUACAAAGUCGUGAGUCCUAACAAUUCUAAAGCAACAAUUUCAGACAUCAGCAAAGCGACCAGAUCAAGAGAUUCUACGAAAUCUCGGGCCCAGCACGUACGACGUCUCUAGAUCUGGAAGCAGACGAAGAACUUUACGAAGACUCCAACCAGCCCACUGAGCCACAUGAACAUGAGGAUAUUAAGCCUCUUUUUACCAAUUUAAAAAAGGCCAUCGCCAGCCCAAAUCAAUUUGAGAACCAAACGGAAGGCAACGCAAAGACUUACGUGCUAGCUCCAAAGUCUACUCAGGCCUUUGAUUUUUUUCCUCCAUUUCCCGUUUCUUUUUUUCCUUCCGUUCUCUUCAAAAAAAGAGCACCAAAUUUCUUUCUUCCCCUUAUCACUCCGCAUAAUUAUUUAUUUUUCCGUCGUUUGUUCCUUUCGCGACUCGUCUUCGCUCAUGUAGAUCCAUUACGCUGCUUCGUACUGACGUCAAAAAUUACAGAAGCUGAACGCACUGCCCCCGGCAGAUUAACACCCUGUAGGUCAAAUGGACCUGCCUCUCCAAACAUAUAAGGUUUGUUUAUUUCUUUACUUCCUUUCCUUCAAAAGCUACCUUUAACACUUCACUCUAAUUAGUUCACGUAGACAAAAUUCAAGAUCAAAACUGUAGGACAUCGAAGCCUAUUUCUUCUCAAAAAAAUAUCAACAUUCAAAUGAACCCAAAAAAAAGGUACCUCGCUAGUCUUUAAAGCUAACUAUCAGCUAAUUUUUUUUCUUCGCCAGUACGCAUGCCACCGCUUUAACCUCAUUUCAAUUCAGUUUUCUUCUCUAAUCAAAAAAAGAGCCCCUCUUCUUCCCCUUUUAACAUCUAUCGGAUCAGGGACGAUCCUCAUCAAAAGGAAGGGAGGUGUAGGAGCCCAUAGCUCAUUGCAGCUAUUUCCGCUCCAUUGAAACACUGGACAAAGUCCUCCAGACGGCCCAAAGGCUUUUAAGAUAACAUUCCGAUGCGCACCGAUAACAUCAGCUCUUACCGUCGCGACGAUCAGCCGAUCGCGACGCUAAGAGCCGCGGAGCCGUCGACCCCGACGCCCUCCAAGAUCACACAAUCCCUCACCCGAGCCCACGCUCUAUUGAAAGCCAAUUAUAACUUUCAAGCUUUCAGGGCCGCCGUCGACAACUAUAAAAGCCCGCCACGACGACGGCAGGACAAGACCGGGGACCGGCAACGGACCCGCAGCCCACCACUCGACACCGCCAUCCCAUUUUUGAUUCAAUAUUUUAUUUUAUGA